GUAAAAAAAUAUAGCUGCUUCUUAUCUUAAGUGAUAUGCCAUGUGAUUAUGAUAAUACGAGUUUAAUGACUUAAAUUAUUACUAAAAAAUUUAUAGAGAUGUUUUUAAUGAAGAUGUUUCUCAUCGCUUCACUUUUGAAUGGGUUCCACGGCAACCUUAACGAAUCACGUAGAUUUGGUUUUCUACUCUGAGCACCUUCUUUGUGAUAUAUAAAGGUUGUUCUCCAUUAUAAUUAGUGUCAGACCGCUUCAACGUCGAAAAAAAUAAAAAUGGGAGAAGUCUUCGCUAAGAAAACAAAUUCCGUUUGUCCUUCGGAAUUAAACAUAGAAGAAUUCUUCCUAGAUUUGAAAGGCGCCCGUACCAUCCCUCCCGCUAAGAUCGACCCAGAUCGCAAACCUCCCGCUUGGCUAGAUUUCAACUUAGCGCGAAGAGGUCAACAAUUCGCUAGAAAUAACCUCCCCUCAAUUUCCAUCUCACACAUGUUCGGUCUCGCAAGUAGUCCUUAUACCGAUGGCAUCGACAUCUUGCUCCUUUCUGGAAACUUUUCCACCCCGGCAAGCGCCACUAAGCGGUACACCUCAACCAUUACCGAGAUAAUCACGUGGUAUACCGAUCCCUUCUGGGAGUCUGGAUCAGAUGGAAAUAUUACCGAUAUUUAUAAAAGGUUUGCCCAAAUUUCAUAAUAUUUUUAAAAAAAAACUCGACUCUUUUUACUAAUCGUAUCGAUACUUACAGU